AUGGCUCUUCUGCAGGUUCGCCAAGGUGACACCAUCAGAGACUUUGCCUGGCAGUUGACGACGGUGAGGAAGCAGAUGGUGGCUAUCCAACACAUCCUUCCCCAGUGCAGCUCAAGACCUCACAACUUGUCUGCUCGUCACCAAGGGCAUCCCCCUGCGGAAAAACAAAGGAAACUGAUGCCACCCAUCUCACGGCCGGCCGCCAAGAACCCGAGAGAGGCUUCAAACAACCCAGGAAUUCGGGAACAUGCAUUAUGGGAGCUGGAGGAGGCAGACCCUGCCUUGGAGUUGCCGUGUCCGGUGCGUGCUAUACUUGGAUUGCAUGUAGAGUUCGCACGCUCUGAGCAGCUCUUUGUCUGCAUUGGUGGACUGCGGAAAAGGAGUGCUGUCACCAAACAGAGGAAAGCCCACUGGGUCAUUGACGUCAUCUCUAUGGCAUAUUAUAAGUUUUACCCGUUGGCCAAGCACUGCCUACAGUUACAGGUUGUUCUGCAGUCUGCUCCGAGUCCCGAACAUUUGAUUGUAGAGAUGCAUCAAGAUGAUCAAGCGCCUUCAGUACACUGCCCCUCAGCUGGCACUGGCAGUGGGGGGAGUGCGGGUACCAUGCAUUUUACCCGCACAAAGGCACAGAGAGGAAAUACCAAGGGAAAAGAAGAAGUAGUUUCCAUCCACACAAAAAGUGUUAGUAGGAUGGACAGUCUCAAGCCUGUCAAACAGCAUAUUCUCUGGGAAAAGAAGGCUGAGAUGCUCCAGUCUCGGGUGAAUGAGCUGGAGGAGGAAAAUGACUUCCUCAAGAGGCAGCUUGAAGAGAAGUCUGCACAAGAACAAGGUGGGAACUUGGAGAUAAUGGCCACUGGAGAUGAGGAGGCACGGGCCAUGAUUUUGGACUCCAGCACUGACACUACCACUGAUUCCAACACUGAUUCCAACACUGACUCCAGCUCCAGCUCUAUCUCUGACUCUUCAGAUGAGGGAAAGAAGAAAAAGAAGCGCAAAAAGAAGAAUGGCAAGAAGAAAAGUAAAAAAAGAAAGAAGGAAACCAAAAAGGUGAAGAGGUCAAACGGAAAAGGAGAGCGAGUUGCCUCAAUCGCAGAUGUGGUGAAAAGAUAUCGGCGUGUCCUCAAACUUGUGCAAAGAGGCUUCAGGAUGACCGCAGCUUUCAAGAAAGCUUGUGUUUCUACAAAUGCUGUGAAAGACACGGCAGCAAUUGCAGAGAUUUACAUGGUAGACAAAAGUGUCCUAGAACAGUUCAAGGGUAAAUACACACUUUUGCAACUAGCACAACUCUGUCAGAAAAAAAUUGUUGGUGAACUGGCAGAAAAGAUAAUUGAAAUGAAAAACAACAAACAGCUCAUCCCCUUUUCUGUCAAGAAAGACUGA